AUGGCUUCUACAUCUAAUACGCAUUUACAUCAGAAAAGUGCAGUAUGGCACUUCUUUGAACCUCCAGUUGAAGAAUGCGGCAAGAGACAAUCCAAAUGCCGUCUAUGUCCAGAUGAUAAAUUUCUUACCGUAAGCAAUAGUGGCACCACCAACUUAAAAAAACAUAUUAAAAACAUUCAUAAAAUUAAUGAUUUAGAGUCAGCUAGUUUAAAUUUUGCUCCUCAGCCAGGUGAAUAUAUCCUUCGAGAAGCAUUAGUUAAAUGGAUCGCAACGGAUUGUCUUCCAUUUACAGCCGUUGAAUCAGAAAGUUUUCACGAGCUAGUUGAAGUAAUUAGGAAAUUAGAUGGCAAAAUUACAAUUCCUUCAGCCAGAACAGUAAAACGUGAUUUGUUAGAAAAAUAUUCAUUACUAAAAACUUCAUUCAAAGAUUUGUUAGCAAAUAACUUAAGUAAGAUUUCUCUUACUACAGAUCUCUGGACUAGCAAUAGUUGCAAGGCAUUUUUAGGAGUUACGGCGCACUGGAUUGAUGUGAAUUGGCAAAUUCAAUCUCGCGUACUCGAUUUGGCGCCGUUUGAAGGACCUCAUACCGGAAUAAAUAUAGCGAAUGCUUUUGUUAGAAUUUGUGAAGAUUUCG